AUGCCUCACUUCACCAACGAACCUGAACCUCAACCUCACCCGAACCCCUCGACGUCGACCACUCAGUCGACCGGUAGCAACGCAGAAUAUACCAAUGCGCCCGACAACUCGGGUGAGCAGCAGCCGCUGAGCAAAGAAGAAGCGGAUCGAUUGUACGAGGAGCGCAUGGAGGAGGAGUACGCGAAGAGAGAGGGAGGUGCUUAA